CGCCAGUUGGCCUGUUCUGAGCACUUUUACAUCUUAAUACUCUCAUUAAUGGCAUAGGAUUUAAUUGCUUUCAAUUAGUAUUUUACGCAAACGCUACAAUGCCCGAAAAGAUGCAUACCUACUUCGAUAACGAGGACGAUGAUGUGAAGAAUGAACCGAGGAAAGAGUUGCCCAAGGAGACCGCAGCAAAAAAGGAAGCGAAUAAAAAGAAGGAGGAAAAGUCGAAGUAUGAUCGUGAUUAUAUUUCUCGGAAGGAACAUAAGAAAAGGAAGAGGGAGGAAGCCGGUCAUGCAGACGGUCAACCUGCAUCGAGUACAGAAAGAAGGGACAAGAAUAGCAAGGAUAAUAAUAAAGAGGCUGGGGCUGGCAAUUCUACUAAUGGCAUAAACACGGUCUUCAAAAAUAUCCCAAAUGACUUGAAGAAGAAGCAAUCGAAAAAGCAGAAACCCAUCAAACAGCAACAACAACAACAACAACAGCAAUCAUUCCCGUCGCUAAAAGAAAAAGCCAAGGCUCUCCUCCCGAUCCGCAAGAACCUCCCCAUCUUCUCCCACGCCGAUGAAAUCCGGCAACACCUCCGCCAAAAUGACGUGAUGCUAUUAAUCGGUGAGACGGGUAGCGGAAAGAGUACACAGAUCCCGCAGUUCCUUGUUGACGAGUUCUGGUGUCAGCCCCGAACCACGACCAUCGCGGUGGACGACAGUGGAGGUGAUGACGGCGGCAACGCUGAGGAGAAAGAGAAGAAGAAAGAGAAGAAGAACAAGGAGAUUACCGUCGGUGGCUGCAUAGCCAUCACCCAACCCAGGCGAGUGGCUGCUAUUUCCCUGGCGAGACGAGUGGCAGAGGAGAUGGGGACGCCGUUGGGAAAUUCCUCUCCCGCCAGCAAAGUGGGUUACUCUGUUCGGUUCGAUACGUCUACGUCGCCUAGUACGAGAAUCAAGUUCUUGACGGAGGGGAUGUUGUUGCAGGAAAUGCUGAAUGAUCCGUGGUUGACCAAAUACAGCGCUAUUGUCGUGGAUGAAGUGCAUGAGCGGGGCGUGAAUGUCGAUUUGGUGCUGGGAUUUUUAAAGAAUUUGGUCUCUGGAAAGAAAGAGGGGAGGGGAGGCUUGCCUUUGAAAGUCGCGAUUAUGAGUGCCACGGCUGAUAUGGAAAGUCUGCUGAGUUUCUUUAAGGGGGGUCUACAGGAGAAGAUGAAGGAUGUUGAAAAGAGUGCUGAUACACAAACCGAACCCAAGGAGACUGCAGAUGUUGCAGUGUGCCAUGUGAAGGGCCGUCAAUUUCCCGUCCAGACAAUUUACUCUCCUCAACCAGUGCAUGAUUUCGUCGACGCAGCCCUCAAGGUCAUUUUCCAGAUUCAUUACCGAGAACCAAUGCCAGGCGACAUCCUUGUGUUUCUCACGGGCCAGGAAACCGUCGAGGCGCUGGAAGAUCUAGUUAAUGAGUACGCCACAGGAAUGGACCCUGCAUUGCCCAAAGUCCAAGUUCUGCCGCUCUUUGCUGCCCUUCCACAAGCAGCGCAGCAGCGAGUGUUUGCCCCGGCACCGCCUCGCACAAGGAAAAUCAUCCUCGCGACCAACAUUGCCGAGACAUCUGUGACGGUAUCUGGAGUGCGGUACGUGGUGGACUGUGGCAAGGCGAAAAUUAAACAAUUCCGGUCCCGUCUUGGUCUGGACUCGCUGCUGGUGAAGCCGAUCUCAAAGUCCGCAGCGAUCCAACGUAAGGGCCGCGCGGGUCGAGAAGCACCCGGAAAAUGCUACCGAUUAUACACGGAGAAGGACUACCUGGCCCUGGAUGAAGCCAAUACGCCGGAGAUCCUGCGGUGCGACUUGAGCCAAGCAUUGCUGAACAUGAAGGCCCGUGGGGUCGACGACAUCAUGGGAUUCCCCUUUCUGACGCGACCGCCUCGAGAGGUGUUGGAAAAAGCACUGCUGCAGUUGCUAAAUAUCAACGCUUUAGAGGAAUCGGGCAAGAUCAGCGCAAUCGGUUUGCACAUCGCCAAGCUACCUCUGACACCGACUCUGGGACGUGUGCUCCUGGCAGCAGCGGAAAAUGGACCGGGCUGUCUUGCGGACGUGAUUGAUAUCGUCUCAUGUCUCAGCGUGGAGAACAUAUUCCUCAGCACGACAUCGGAGGAAAAGAAAGAGGAAGCCGAAAAGGCACGCCGCGAUCUCUACCGGCGAGAAGGUGACCAUCUCACCAUGUUGGCAACCGUUCAAGCUUAUGCAGCGGAGAAUACAAACCGAAAGGCCUGGGCAGAGACACACAUGGUGUCCCACCGGGCCAUGCAGUCUGUGAUGGUAUAUCUUCCUUUGAAUAGUCAAACUUUCUACUCGACUAACUUCAAUACAGGACGUACGCAAACAACUCACGGCGCAAUGCCGACGCGCCAAUCUCCUCCCUCCGGCCGAUGGGGGAACACGGACGUCAGGCGCAAGUACCGAGCCGUCCGUGGUGCUCAUCCUCAAAGCGUUCCUGUGUGGAUUCGCAACCAACACGGCCCGUCUGGUUCCGGACGGCAGCUACCGGACGGUGGUGGGUAAUCAGACGGUGGCCAUCCACCCGUCCAGCGUGCUGUUUGGGAAGAAGGUGGAAGCCAUCAUGUACAAUGAAUUUGUCUUCACGAAUCGGAGCUAUGCCAGGGGGGUGAGUGCUGUGCAGUUGGAUUGGGUCGGGGAGGCGCUGGCGGGACAGUAGACGGGAUGGAUGAUUUGACGAUUGCAUUCGGAGUUUGAUUGAUUGUUGCGUUGGAUACCCAGCCAGAGGCGUUUUAUUCUCCUUGGUGUAUAUAGAUAGAGAAGAGCCCCGAGUCGACACGACUACGGUCCUUUGCCCGCAGUGAUGGAAUGACUGAUCACAUGAUCGAUGGGAGUUCGUGAUAAUCUGGAGACAUGCUUGACCUUUGUAAACGCAGCAAAAUGAUAUUUAAUAACGAUAUAUAAUAAUCAAAUAUCUGGAUAUGCCACAACCGGAUGUAUACAGCUGAACAGCAUCGUCUGACAAGGGAUUAAUUAAAGUUUGCGCACCGAGAUCAGCCCGGAGCUCAUGCGAUCCAAAGGCGAAUCCAUAUUAUUAAGAAGAUAUAGGAAUGAUGUAGCGGUGUAAGGUUUUUGCUCGGGUCAGUUGAUU